AUGCCAAACUAUCCUGUGGUUGAAGAGUUGAUUAAACCUGAGAAAAGCUACAGUAGUAAUGAUUUCUUCUCAAAACCUACAAAUGAUCAGACAAAUAAUGAUGACGACGAUGAUGAAGAAUCUAUUACGGAUAAAUUACCGCGUAAACUUGGUGGUUGGGUGAAUUCAUCAUUUGGAAAACAUGGUGAAGUUGUCGAACAAGUUGGGAAAGAAGCCUUAAAACUUUUGCCAACAAAAGCAAUGGGUUUUGGAAUUAUUAAUCCUGUCGGAUUAGUGAAUCAAGUAGGACGUCAAAUAAAUGGUAUUCGUAAAAAAGUCGACUCAAAGAGAUCAGAAUCACCGACAAUGAAUUCAACCGAUGAUAUACCGAAGAAUCUUAGUGGAAUAGGUGAAGACAGUAAGGAUGCAGUUUCAAGACUGGAAGAUCCAGAUCAAACCAUCAAGGACAAACUAAACUCAUCUAUGGAAAAUAUUCAGAUUACUGACCAAUUACAAUCAGAAAAUGUGAUGAAGACUGCAUGUGUAUCACAUCCUCCUGUUGGAAAAGUUCAAACUGUAGACAUCAAAGAAAACAAGAUAGCCAUGCCAAACUAUCCUGUGGUUGAAGAGUUGAUUAAACCUGAGAAAAGCUACAGUAGUAAUGAUUUCUUCUCAAAACCUACAAAUGAUCAGACAAAUAAUGAUGACGACGAUGAUGAAGAAUCUAUUACGGAUAAAUUACCGCGUAAACUUGGUGGUUGGGUGAAUUCAUCAUUUGGAAAACAUGGUGAAGUUGUCGAACAAGUUGGGAAAGAAGCCUUAAAACUUUUGCCAACAAAAGCAAUGGGUUUUGGAAUUAUUAAUCCUGUCGGAUUAGUGAAUCAAGUAGGACGUCAAAUAAAUGGUAUUCGUAAAAAAGUCGACUCAAAGAGAUCAGAAUCACCGACAAUGAAUUCAACCGAUGAUAUACCGAAGAAUCUUAGUGGAACAGGUGAAGACAGUAAGGAUGCAGUUUCAAGACUGGAAGAUCCAGAUCAAACCAUCAAGGACAAACUAAACUCAUCUAUGGAAAAUAUUCAGAUUACUGACCAAUUACAAUCAGAAAAUGUGAUGAAGACUGCAUGUGUAUCACAUCCUCCUGUUGGAAAAGAUUUACAUGACACUGCAAUAAUACAUAUUGAAAUGUCAGUGGAUCCAGUGUUCAAAAAGGAACAGAUUAGCGUAAAGUUUGAGCCGAAUCGGAUUAUAGUUACUGGACGAUAUGACGAGAAACAGUCACCUGGUGAUUUUGUUGAAUUCAAAAAAUCCUUCGAAAUUACAGAGGUGGUGGAUCAAUCCUGUCUCUCUGUUCAGAUAUCUGGUGCUACGUUGGUCGUUGAAGCACCAAUAAUCGAAGAUAAGAAUUAA